GGCUCAGGGUUUGCGGCUUGCUCUUGUCCGCGUGCCGUAGGGACGCGGCCCUGAACCGCACCAGGUCUCGUGGCGAUGGCGCUGCGGCAGUGCAGUGCGCUGCGCACGCUGAUCCACCCUCGGGGCGCGGCUGCGCUGCUGCGGCCGCUGGGCGGGUGCAGGGCCUUUGGAGACAGCAAAGGAGUCGUGAAGUUCUUCAACCCCGAGAGAGGAUUUGGCUUCAUCACCUCUGGGGAGAAGGACUAGCGGCUUUUAUCCACUACACCGGCAUUGAAUCCGGUGGCGGCUUCAAGUCCUUGGAGGAUGGCGAGGAUGUGGAGUUCGACAUUGAGGUGGACCACGACGGCAAGCAGCGCGCGGUGCGCGUCACGGGGCCCGGCGGCGCCCCGGUGCGGGGCUCCUCCAGGCCGAAGGCGGCGCCCGGCGAGGAGCUGUGAGGUCGGAGGGCACCAACUAUACACCAACACCGAUCCUGGGCCCAGGGUGAUCCUGGGCCAGGAUCGGUGUUGGGGUAUAGUUGGUGCCUUCCUAGUGAGGGCGCCGCGCGCGCUCCGGGGGGGCCCGCCGCGCGGGCGCGCCGCGCGCCGCUCAAUCAAGGCGUCGCAUGUCUGAGUCUACAAAGCGUGCCGCGUCCUUUUUCUUUCGCAUGCGGCACGUUCGCUCGUCUUUCAGGCCACGGUUUUCAAUGCAUGAGUUUGCCUAUCGCAGGUGGGCUCGUGUGCUGUUCCCGGUUUGCUUGGCAACCUUCUGAUUCCUGACGAUGUCAACUUAGCGGCAGUAGGCAGUCGCAAGUGUUCCACCAGUAGUCUCUGGGGCGCGAUCAUUAGAACGCUCAUCGCAGGCUUUUUUCACGAGAGCGGUGAGUAGAGCACUUCCAGUAGCAGGUUGGCACCAAUGAGGUCGCGACGGACUCGCUUGAGAACCAGACCCGAACAGCAUGCCUUCCUCUU